AUGAUGCUCUCCGAUCUUCCAAGGGAUUUGGCAGAGGAAGUGCUCGUUAGGCUUUCAGUGACAUCGAUGAGAGCAGUGCGAUUCGUUUGCAAAAAGUGGAACACGUUAACCAAAGUAGAGAGUUUUACAAAGAAGCACCUUGCUCGAGCCAAAGCAGCAGCAUCAAGGGAGGUGGUUGUGGUGAUGAAUGAUCGAGUUAAUCUGAUGAGCGUCAACCUCCAUGGAAUUCACAAUAACGUUGAUCCAUCAAUAAACCAUCUAAGUAAACUCGAUAGCCUAACCGAUUUAGAUGAAGUCGAUAUGUUUGAAGUGUUUCAAUGCGAUGGUUUAUUGUUAUGCAUCACGAGAGACCGCACUAGGUUCGUUGUUUGGAAUCCGUAUUGCGGCCAAACCCGGUAUUUCAAACAUAACCGAAAGCACGUGAUGAACAAGUAUGCUAUUGGAUACGAGACGAGAGAAUCGAGCGGCCGCAGCUAUAAAGUUUUAAUAUUUGAUGAAUAUACUCCGGAAUACGUUUGUUAUGAACUUGACUAUAUCAACUCUGAAACACGGAUGGAGAUUAUCCCUACGCCUAUCACUAAGGACUGGUAUAUACCUUAUCAUCAACGUAGCGUGUCUCUCAAAGGAAAUACUUAUUGGUAUUCUGAGCCAAAGUUUAUUAAUGAAGGAGGAGGAGUAUUCUUCUUAAUCUGUUUUGAUUUUACAAGAGAGAGAUUUGGACCGCAUCUAAGUCUACCCUUUCGCUCUUAUACGGGAGAAACUAUAAGUCUAUCUAGUGUUAGAGAUGAGCAACUUGCAGUGUUAUUUCAGCACGAGGGUACAUUAUAUACGGAAAUAUGGAUUACGACAGAGAUUGAGCCCGAAACAGUGUCGUGGAGCAAGCUGUUCUUUGCGGUGGAUGGUUUACAUAUUCCGGGUCGUCGCUUUGGGAGUUUCUUUGUUGACGAGGAGAAGAAAGUUGUCGUUGUUUUUGAUGAAGAGUACAGAGAAAUGCGGGAACGCUACAUAGCUGCUUAUAUCAUUGGAGAGGAUGGAAUUAUCACAAAAAUUGAUUUAGGAAAAGAAACAAGAGGAAACAAGGUCGAUGGGAGAUCAUUGAGAGGGAAGAGAAAGAGGCCAGAACCACGUACGCCCAAUUUGAAGAAGUUGUUCAAGGAUGAAGGAGCGAAAGCAAGAGAAAGAGAAAAAGAUAGGACAAUGGAGAAAAUGAUGAUGAAGAUGAAAGGAAGAUCACAAUCAGUAAAAUUUGUGGAAGAAGAAGUUCAUGAUCAGGGUGAGAUAGUAAAAAAUAAUAUAAGCGAAGCGAAUCAAAGUUCUUUCAAGGUGACGCAAUGCGUAGAAGAUAUCGAAGAACUUUGCAAGAACGAUCGUUUUGCAGUUUGCAACGACUUCGUGAUGAAUAAGAAAGAUCACUUUUGGAACAAAUCAACAGAAUGA